AUGGACAGCGUUGUGAUGCAGAACGGCGGACAGGCUCCGGUGUCGUUCGGCAGCGGAGCCUCACAAGCCAGUACAUCUGCUCAGCUGCUCGGCGAGCCAUGGAACGAGGAUGCUGCAGGCAAGCAGAGGUCCGUGCCUCUACCGCCUAGCCACUCGGUGCCGACGUCAGUCUAUAUGGCCGUCUACUCCUCCGUGCCCGUGCUGGAGAUGAUGGUCAGAGGGAUCAGCGUGAUGCGGAGGAGAUCGGACAGCUACAUGAAUGCAACUCAGAUCCUCAAGGUCGCGGGCGUUGAAAAGGGCAAGCGCUCUCGCAUACUCGAAAAGGACAUAACACAGUCAGGACUGUACGAGCGAGUCCAGGGUGGCUACGGCCGAUAUCAGGGCACAUGGAUACCUUUUGACAAAGCUAGAGAGCUCUCGCAGACGUACGGCGUCGAACAUCUGCUCGCUCCCCUCUUCAAUUACACCAUGCCAUCAUACAAAGGUCCCGAUCACGAGGGACCUUUCAACGCGGAUGCGACGGCCGCAGGACCUACCGCGCUCGACAAGCGUCGUCAGCGAGACUUUGAAGACGAUACCUCUGUGCUCGAGGUGGACGUGCACAAGCGUUUCAGACCUGCCCAUUCGAGCAGCACAGAUCCUUUCAGCUCGUCCACUGGCAGACAGUCGAUUCCCUUUGCCGCGCUCAAUGGCACGAACACCAAGCUCAGGAGGUCCAAGUCGCCCGUCAAUACACACACCUUCAUCGGCGAUGAUACCUCGAGAUAUGAGCGAUACAGAAACACCCUCAUAUCGCUCUUUCCAGAGGCCGCCAACAUAGACAGUCUCGCUCUCGAUAGAACAGACGACUUUGAGACCGACACGCCCAUCGAUGAUCACAUGCACACCGCCCUGCACUGGGCAGCCAGUCUAGGUCGGGUCGACCUGGCACGCGCCCUGAUCCAAGCUGGCGCGGAUACCGAGAGAGGCAAUGAUGCAGGCGAAACGCCUCUCAUCCGGAGUGUGCUCGCGAUUAACUGCGAAGAAGCUGGCGUCUUCUCAGAGCUGUUGCGGCUGUUGGGCAACUCUCUCUGGACCACCGACGACUCGAACAGAACGGCACUGCAUCAUUGCGCUCUGUUAGCAGCUAUCAAAGGACGGGCUAAUGCCGCCCAGUACUACGUCGAAUGUAUACUCGAAUUCAUUGCGACAAGGGACGAUGGCAAUUUCAAAGACCUCAUCGAUGGAAUGGACAUCAAUGGCGAUACGGCGCUGAACAUUGCUGCGCGUAUUGGCAGCCGCCGACUUGUCAGGCUCUUGAUCAACUCUGGUGCCGACAAGACCAGAUCAAAUAAGCUCGGCCUACGGCCAGGCGACUUUGGCGUCGAGACAGACGAAUUGGCGCCCACCACUGCCGAUGAGAUCACUAAUUCACUAAAGAGUCAGAUUCCCCUCGCGCCGGCGCAGAAAGCACAAGAUAUCACCAAGCAGCUCGUAGAUCUCGUGCAGACCCUCAAUGCCGACUUUGAGCGCGAGAUCCAGACAAAGACAGAGACGCUCGAGCGUGUACAAAUCCAGCUCAGAUCUUCCACUCGGGAAUUAGCGGACAACAGGAGGCAAGCGCAAUACUGGCGCGAACAGUGCGCCGAGCUCGAACGAGUGACCAACCGACUGAAGAACCUCGAGCGAGCUUCUUUCGACGAAGAUCACUUUGACUGGACUGGCAGAACCGAGCUAAACGGUUUACCCAGCCAGUCAGUACCCGGCGCAGGCUACGCUUUCUCUCCACGGCCGCCGGUACAGCUACCCGCUGACCUGAACGUCUCUGCGGAGAUCGAUCUGCCUCUUGGUCAAUCAGCUCACGAUCUCGUGCGGCUGCGACGGAUGCGGCAAUGGCUCGCUCGAGUGCUCAGUCUGCAGCGGCAACGACAAGAGCAGACCAGAGGCAUCAAUGCGAAUCUCGAAGUGCAGUAUAGGCGCGUCGUAGCCGCCUACUGCGGUAUGGAAGAGAGCAGGCUAGAUGAGAUUCUGGAUCGGUUGCUCGUGGCGAUGGAGAGCGACGGCAACGAUCUCGAUCUAGUCCGUAUGAGUACCUUUCUGGGCAAAGCAAAGGGGAUCUAG